AUGUCUUCACGAAAAAAGCUCAUUCCGACAAGCUUGUCGAAUGCGUCUUUAUCGGAAACGAACAAGAAGGAAAUUAUUAUUAUAUCCGAUGAUGACGAUGAUGAUGAAAAUGAAUCUCAAACAAAUCAAAAUCAUUUGAAACGAAAAAAGGAUUCCACUCUUCGGAAAGAACACGAGGAGGAAGAUACAAAGAAACGAAAAAUAGUAACAACAGAAGUGAAUCCUAAUGAACAUUGUAUGAUUGAAAAUAAUAUUGGGACACAUCCAUCCAAAGAAAGCACCCAUUACUCCAAUCAAAUUUCAAUCGAGAAUACAAAUUUCGAAAAUCCUUUUUUCAAAAACAUUCCUCUCUAUCAGAUGAGAAUUAUUGUCAGCUUUUUGGAUUUUUUGUCCUUUUUGAAAUUGUCACAAACAUGUGCUUUCAUAAGGAAGGAGUAUUUUUCAAAGCAUGAAUUUUGGAUUGCAUUGAGCGACCAAGUGUUUGUUAAUUCUUUGUCGUCAAGCUUGGUGUUUGACAAAUCAAGCACAGAGUCGAUUGCAGUAAUUCCGAACAAGUCCUCUCUCGUCACAUUACGAAGCUUUUUUUCUAUUUAUUCUGAAUACUAUAGCUUUAUUACUCAAACAAGUCGAUUGAUUUUAGAUUUCGAUAGCUACAUGUACAAUGUUCUUGACAAGAAAGAUGUAAGCGUAAUAUCGAACCAAUUUAAAAAUUUACGAGAUCUCCAAUUAUUGAAUGUCAAAUUUUCAGAAAAAGCAAGUGCUCAAUUACUGAUUAUCAAGUCAAUCAUCUCGAACCAAAUGCCCGAUUUACGGCGUUUAAAAAUUACAUUUUCAAAGAAAACAAAAGGCACCCGUUCUCUAUGUGAAUCUCAAUUUUCUGAGGAAGCCAAUGAAUCCGAAUUUUCACAAUUUUCAUCCUGCUUAAAAGGACUUGAAUCCUUUCACAUUGGAAGUGUGACGAGCGAUUCAACAUCCUCUGAGUCCACAUGGACUCCUCAAUUGUCUUGGAAGGAGCUCACAGAAAUUGAUGCAUUUGCUCAGGAGAGUUUAUUAAGCUUUGGUGUGGAGAGCGUGUACUCGUCGGAUUUCAAUCAACUUCUAUUUGGAGACAGCAACAAGUUUUUACUUCCUCGAUUGGAAGAAUUAAUUAUUGGAAGUGUGUUGGACAAUUGCGGUAGUAUUUCUAAAGGAAUGAUAGAACGAGCGAGUCUGAAAAAGCUCAUCAUUUCAGAAUUCCUUACUCACAAUGCAAAUGUACUCCAAUUUGUUGUGAAAAAUUUACCAAAUAUAACAUAUAUGGAUGUGAAAUUGUCAUCUCCCACUGGAGAAACAAAGCCAGAUGGCAAGAUUUAUCUCAAAAGUGACUCGUUACGAUUCUUGAAAUUCAGCGAUUUCAACAAGUUUUUUGAUUCCAAUUUAAUACAGUUGGAUUUACCAAAUAUUGAACACUUAAGUUUAGAAAAUUUUGGUGAAAUAUCCAUCCUUCAAGAGAAGGUACAUCUUUCAAAACUCGAGAUUAGAAACUCAAUGAUUAUGACAGGACAGCUUCACUCAAUUUUAUCCAAAUGUGCAACUUCCUUGCGCUAUUUGAGCAUUGAUACUUGUCCCAACGUGAGAAAUAUUCACCUCUUAAAAGAUCCAUAUGAGGAAAAUUUCACAUUCCUUCGUCACUGUUUUCUUUCAAAUUGUAAAUUGCUGGAAAAAGUCUCCCUAGCGUGCAUUGGUGUCCAAGCAGAGAAUGUGAAAUAUUUAUACAUGCAGAACUUGUCGUUGACCAAUUUACAGAGCUUAAGAGAAUUUCGAAUUGAAUUGGGAACGAAUCAAAUGACCACUCAAAUUGUUUCUCUCAAUCUUUCGUUUUGUGAUGGACUGAAAGUGCUCCAUCCUGAGACAUCACUGAAAUCUAUUCAAAAUCUGACUUUCACUGGAGGAUGUGACUCUCAUUUAUGGAACUCUAUCAUUCAAGAAUGUCUAAAAUCGUCUCAACACUUGAAAACUCUCUCAUUCAACUUUAGGAGUCCAUUUGUUCAUGCAUUUGCAUUCAGACUUUCUAAUUUGAUGAGAGUCAUUUCUUCAUUGGAAGAAUUCACAUUGACUUCUAAAUUUUCAACAAAUACCUUCAUGUUCAACUUCUCAUCUCCAUCCUUAAAGAAAUUGAAAAUCAUCUCAGAAAAUGAGAAUCCUGUUGAUUUUUACAUUACGAUGCCCCUAUUAGAGAGUAUUGAGCUCACACGAAUCACCAACAUUCGAAUUAAGAGUAAUAAUCUCACUUCAUUGAGUGUCACCAAUUCUAAAAUUCGACAAUUAGCCAUUUCUUCAGAAGAUCAACAACCAUCUAAAUUGGAAAACAUUUACCUUCAUACAGUCACUGGAGACGCUUUGGCAAAAACAUUAUCAGAAUGUCCUCAACUAAAACACCUCACACUCAUUCAAGUGGAAACAAAAAACAUUUUGAAAACCGUUCUACCAAGAUGUGAAUUACUCGAAAGUCUUUACUUUUCGGGAACGGUUCGAAAAUUGGAGGUGAUUCCUUCCUUACGAGUGCUGACAAUAUUUUCAGAAAAUCUUCAAAGUGUGGUCUUUCCCAAAAUUGAUCAUUCCAGUGUUGACACGAAUCAUGUGGUGGAAUACAAAUUGGCCACAUUGAAACUCUCGUUUUGUUCAAACCUCUCCAAAAUUGAUUUGAAAGAAACCACACUUCCAUACCUUCGAAUGGUAGAUGUUCGAGCUAGUAAAGUGGAAGAUUCAUCUCUGAAAAAGAUGAUUUCAAGAGCACCUCGGUUGACUUGCAUACGAGCUGGAAAUAGUGCUGUGAGUGAAUCGUUUGAAAAGAUGAUUAAGGAUGGAAAUAGAAAGGCCAGCUUUACAAAGAAAUAG